AGUGGCGCAAAUUCUGCGAUGCACGAAAGUAUCGGAGAUUCAAUAAUGCAUGGAGUCUUAUCACCGUCUCAUCUCCACCGACUUAAUUUAAUAACAGACGAAGAACUCAUUGAUCCAAAAACAGACUUUUAUUUACUUUUAAUGCAAGCCUUAGCGAAAAUCCCGGAAAUCCCAUUUUCUUUAAUUACCGAUAAAUACAGGUGGGAUAUCUUUUCCGGUUACAUCGAUAAAGAUCAUUAUAACGAAGCGUAUUGGAUGUUAAAUAAAGAAUUAAGAGGAAUCGUCCCACCGGAAAGAAGGGGUGAAGAGUUUUUUGAUGCCGCUGGAAAAUUUCAUUUAUCCGAUAAUACACCGUAUAUUAGGUAUUUUUUAAGCAGCAUUUUGCAAAUGGAAAUUUUUAAAGGACUUUGUGAAAUUUCCUUGUAUGGUAAAACUCAGGGGGAUGAUGAUUAUCAAGAAAUUAAUAUUUUUCCAUUACAUAAAUGCGAUAUUUAUGGAUCUAAGAAAUGUGGAAGGCAUUUAUUGUAA